UAAAUGAUAGUUUGAUGGGUACGGUAGCGGCGUGGGGCGCGCAGACAAAGCAAUCGCCGAGGGAGCGAAAAGAGAAGAUGUGACCUUUGACCCCGCGCCCUUUGACCCGUCCCGCCUGUGUGCAGAGGCCGCGCGGCCCAGUAAGCCAAUCGUCACCUCCUUCUCGGAGCGCGGGCAGAGCGUGCACAUCGUUUCGGGUCUGUUACGGACUUAAAAAUGCGUUACGUGGCCGCUUACCUGCUUGCUGUCCUGGGUGGCAACAACAACCCUACAGCCAAGAACAUCAAGAAGAUCCUCGACAGCGUUGGUAUCGAUGCAGAUGACGAACGUGUCAACAAGGUCAUCAGUGAACUGGGUGGCAAAGAUGUUGAUGAUGUUGUCAAUUCAGGCCUCUCCAAGUUAGCCUGUGUUCCAGCAGACAGUGCUCUUGCUCCUGCCACUGCUGCAUCUCCGGCUGCUGGUGAAGGCGCACCUGCAGAAGAGAAAAAAGAGGAAGAGAAGAAGGAAGAAUCCGAGGAGUCUGACGAGGACAUGGGAUUUGGGCUCUUUGAUUAACCACCUUGCUCUGGAAAAACAAUAAAAAUAGCAAAACU